AUGUCGCACAAUAAAAGACGUGUUUAUCCACAGGCUCAAUUUCAGUAUGCCCAAGGUGCUGUUCCUACGCAACAGCCGAAUGCAAUGCUGAAUCAAGGCCCUAUGACCCCCAUCAUGGGCGGUCAGCAGAACUUUAUGUCUCCACAAAUAGAUGCAGGAAAUGCCAUGUUUACACCAGCACAGCAGCAAUUGAAUCAGCAGGUCGAUCAAGCUGCUUCUGCAAUGGGUAAUCUUCAAUUGAACAAUCAGGCUCAACAAAUGCAACAACCAAUUAUGGAUCCUAAUGCCAUGUAUCAACAAAAUAUCCCAAUGCAACAGCCUUCUAAGCCUAUGAAUCAACUGUACCCAGUGGAUCUAUUGACUGAAUUGCCUCCUCCUAUCCAUGAUUUGAGUUUGCCUCCUCCUCCAUUGAUGGUUGCACCGGAAAAGAUGGUCGUUCCUUCUGAAUUGGCUAACGCAUCUCCGGCCUAUGUCAGAUCCACUUUAAAUGCAAUGCCUAAGACUAAUACUUUGUUGAAGAAAUCGAAAUUACCCCUAGCCUUGGUUAUCAGACCAUACCAACAUUUACAAGAUAACAUCAACCCACCUCCAUUGAAUGAAGAUGGACUAGUCGUCCGUUGUCGUCGUUGUCGUUCUUACAUGAAUCCAUUCGUUACUUUCAUCGAACAAGGAAGAAGAUGGAGGUGUAAUUUCUGUAGAUUAGCUAACGAUGUUCCAAUGCAAUUUGACCAAUCCAUUGAAGGUGUCCCAGCUAAUCGUUACGAAAGAAAUGAAGUUAAAUAUUCCGUUAUGGAAUACCUAGCUCCAAAAGAAUAUACCAUUAGACAACCUCCACCAUCUACAUACUGUUUCAUAUUGGAUGUUUCUCAAAAUGCCAUUAAGAACGGUUUAUUAGCCACUACAACAAGAACUGUACUAGAAUCCCUAGAGUUCUUACCAAAUCAUGACGGUAGAACCAGAGUUUCUAUCUUAUGUGUCGACAAUGCAAUCCACUAUUUCAAUAUUCCAUUGGAUGAAGAUUCUGAUAACAUUCAAAUGAUGGAUGUUUGUGAUAUCGACGAACCUUUCUUACCAAGACCAAAUUCGAUGGUUGUGCCAUUGAAUUCAUGCAGAAAGAAUUUAGAAAAAUUAUUAAUGCAAAUUCCUGAAAUUUUCCAAUUCAAUGUCAUCACAAAAUUCGCAUUAGGUCCUUCAUUAAAAUCCGCAUACAACUUAAUCAGUGGAACCGGUGGUAAGAUCAUCGUUGUAUCAUCUACUCUACCAAGUGUUGGUCUUGGUAAAUUACAAAAGAGAAAUGAAGCUGGUGUUGUCAAUACACCAAAGGAAUCAGCACAAUUAUUAUCUUGUCAAGAUGGUUUCUAUAAAAAUUUUACAAUCGAUUGUAGCAAAGCUCAAAUCACUGUUGAUAUGUUCUUAGCAAGUGAUGAUUACGUCGAUGUUGCAUCUUUAUCUAAUUUGGGUCGUUACACAGGUGGUCAAACACAUUUCUACCCAGGAUUUUCUGCCACUAAAUUUUCAGAUGUUACCAAAUUCACUAAAGAAUUUUCAAAACAUAUCUCCAUGGAUCUUUCUACAGAAACUGUCAUGAGGGCUCGUGGUUCCACUGGUAUUAGAAUGAACGCCUUCUAUGGUCAUUUCUUCAAUAGAUCUUCCGAUCUUUGUGCAUUUUCUACAAUGCCAAGAGAUCAGUCCUACGUUUUUGAAAUGACACUUGAUGAUAAUAUAAUGACCGAUUACUGUUACGUUCAAAUUGCGGUACUAUUAUCUUUAAAUACUUCACAACGUAGAAUUAGAGUUAUCACAUUAGCAAUGCCAACAACGGAUUCGAUCAGUGAAGUUUAUGCAUCAGCUGAUCAAUUGGCAAUGACAGCAUAUUAUACCCAAAAGGCAGUUAACAAAGCAAUGAACUCGAGUUUGGAAGAAGCAAGAGAAUUGAUUAAUAGAUCAAUUCUAGACACUUUAGCCACUUAUAAGAAAGAGAUUGUUGUUUCUAACGUUGCUGGAGGUGUACCACUAAGGCUGUGUGCAAACUUAAGAAUGUUCCCUCUAUUGAUGCAUUCGUUAUCUAAACAUAUGGCAUUUAGAGCCGGUGUUGUUCCAAGUGACCACAGAGCUUCUGCAUUAAACUUUUUAGAGUCUGCGCCAAUGGAUUAUCUAAUCAAAAAUAUUUAUUCAAAGGUCUAUUCACUACAUGAUAUGGCCGAUGAAGCUGGUUUACCGGAUGAAAACGGUAACAUUGUAUUACCUGAACCACUCAACGCAAGUUCAUCAUUGUUCGAAAGAUAUGGGUUGUACUUAGUCGAUAACGGAACCGAAUUGUUCUUGUGGCUUGGUGGUGACGCAGUCCAAGAGUUAGUCACAGAUGUCUUUGGUACAUCUGAUAUCUUCCAGGUCCCAAUCGGCAAGACAGAAUUACCUGUAAUUGAAAACUCAGAAUUUAACGAAAGAAUUAGAAACAUCAUCUCAAAAGUCAGAGAGCACGCUGAUGUUAUAACAUACCAGUCACUAUACAUCGUUAGAGGUGCAUCCUUGAGUGAGCCUGUUAACCACGCAUCUGCUAGAGAAGUUGCAACCUUAAGAUUAUGGGCCACUAGUUCAUUAGUUGAAGACAAGAUAUUGACGAGCGAGAGCUACCGUGAGUUCUUACAAAAUAUGAAGUUGAAGAUCAGCAAGUAA